UUUUUUCCUUUUUUUCAACUAAAUAUCUAUAUGUUUCCUGAUUCUGCAAAAACAAAUUCUCUACUGUUAAAGUUCGAGCUGUUCUACUUCAGUUACACUCAAAAGAAUCAUUCACAGUUUUCUUAAGAAAUAAUUUUUUUUCUUUAGCUGAAAUACUUCAGAGAAUUAUAAAUUCUCCAUAAUUGUAUAUGUAUCUGUGGUUACAGUUUCUGAUUGCUUUAAGCUCCGCAAAUUCAGUCAGUGUUAGAAGAGAAAGAUCUUAACUAUUUUUGCUGAAUUUGAGUUUUCUUCUUUAAAUUGUUUAGAUUGAAUUAGAGUUUGUGAAGUGGAGAUCUUGUUGAAAGAUUGUUUGAGCAUUGAUCCAGUUCACCGGAAAAGAAAAUGGCGCAGAGUAAUUGGGAAGCUGACAAGAUGCUUGAUGUUUAUAUUCAUGAUUAUUUGUUGAAAAGGAAGUUGCAUGCUUCUGCAAAAGCUUUUAUGACUGAAGGAAAGGUUGCCACAGAUCCAGUAGCAAUCGAUGCUCCUGGAGGGUUUCUGUUUGAGUGGUGGUCUGUCUUCUGGGACAUAUUUAUUGCUAGGACAAAUGAGAAACAUUCUGAGGCUGCUGCAGCUUAUAUAGAGUCUCAGCAACUUAAAGCAAGGGAACAACAGCAAUUACAAAUGCAGCAGUUGCAACUAAUGCAGCACCGAAAUGCGCCGUUGCAACGAAGGGAUCCCAGUCAUCCUGCUCUUGGUGGUUCUGUAAAUACGAUUAACUCUGAAGGAAUGAUUGGACAGCCAUCAGCUAGUGUGUUGGCCAUGAAAAUGUAUGAAGAACGUGUGAAACACCCUCAUUCUGCGGAUUCAGAGACAUCAUCAGCACUGAUUGAUGCCAAUCGGAUGGCUCUUCUGAAAACACAGACCAAUAAUCAAGUCCAGCUUUUGCAAGGUAGUCCUGGAAAUAUGUCAGCUGCUUUGCAACAAAUCCAGUCACGAACGCCAUUGACAACUGAUAUCAAAACUGAAGUUAGUUUGGGUGGAAACCCGAAAAGUUUACCUAUGGAUCCCUCAUCCAUCUAUGGUCAGGCAAUUUUACAGCCUAAAUCAGGACUAGGUGGUGCUGUAUUAAAUCAGGGUGUCCCUGGUCUUCCAUUAAGGGGUUGGCCUCUGACUGGCAUAGAUCAGUUACGACCAAGUUUAGGAGUACAGAUGCAAAAACCCAAUCUGCAGACUCAAAAUCAAUUCGUUUUGACGUCACAACAACAGCACGUUUUGGCACAAGCUCAGUUACAAGGCAACCUUGGAAACUCAACAACCUUCGUGAAUGCAAAAGUUGGUCAGUCUGUUAGAAACAACGGAUCCAUAUGCUCCCCGGUGCCAUCAAGUUCUCCAAAGAUGAAGAUGGGUCAAAUGUCACAUUCUUCGUCACAACAACAGGACCAAUUGCAACAGCAGCAGCAGCCAUCACAGCAACUGCAACAGAAUAACAGAAAAAGGAAACAACACUCUGCUUCUGGAGCAGCUAACAGUACUGGCACAGGAAACACUGGCCCUUCACCAAGUUCACCACCGUCAACUCACACACCUGGUGAUGCAAUAACUUCUGCAACCAGUUUGCAGCAUGUUAAUAGUGUUUCUAAAAGCAUGAUGUAUGGUGCAGAUGCAACUGCGGGUCUUACAUCAUCUUCCAAUCUGUUGGAAGACAUGGAUAGGUUUGAUCCUCUGGAUGAAAAUAUGGAGUCACUACUUUCACAUGAAAGUGACUCAAGGGACAUUUAUGGUACCAUUAAACAAUGUCCUCCUGAGCACCCAAAGGAGUCUGCUAAAGGCUUCACUUUUGCUGAGGUUGGUUGUAUACAGACCAGAAAUAGCGAAGUUACUUGCUGUCAUUUUUCUUCUGAUGGGAAGGUGCUGGCUAGUGCUGGGCAUGACAAGAAGGUGGUUCUUUGGAAUAUGGAUACCCUGAAAACAGAGAGUACUCCAGAAGAACACAAAUUGGUUAUUACAGAAGUUCGUUUUAGACCAAAUUCAUCUCAGUUGGCAACAGCUUCUUUUGAUAAAUCUGUGCGGUUAUGGGAUGCAGCCAAUCCAGGCUAUUGCGUGAAAGCAUACAAUAGCCAUCCUUCACCUGUGAUGUCCCUUGAUUUCCACCCCAAAAAGACGGACUUGUUUUGCUUUUGUGAUAAUGACAAUGAAAUUCGCUAUUUUAAUCUUAAUACAUUCUCAUGCACCCGGAUAUCCAAGGGAGGUAUGGCCCAAGUAAGGUUCCAACCAAGAAUUGGACAUUUUCUGGCAGCAGCAUCAGAUAAAGUAGUGUCCAUCUUUGAUGUAGAAACUGAUAGACAAACAUUAACAUUUCAGGGGCAUUCAGAAAUUGUGAACUAUAUAUGCUGGGAUGCAAACGGAGAGUAUUUAGCAUCUGUCAGUCACAACUUGGUAAAAAUAUGGUCAUUGGUGACAGGGGAGUGCAUUCAAGAACUCGGUUCUGGUGGGAACCAGUUCCACUCGUGUGUCUUUCAUCCAAAUUAUUCCACUCUUUUGGUGAUUGGAGGAAUUUCAUCAUUGGAGCUGUGGAACAUGGCUGAGAAUAAAAGCAUGACAAUUUCAGCUCACGAGAAUAUAAUUUCAGCAUUGGCGCAGUCGCCUGUCACAGGAAUGGUUGCUUCGGCAAGUCAUGAUAGCUCUGUAAAGCUAUGGAAAUAAUUAAAUCAAUCAUACAAAUAUAUAUAUAUAUAUAUAUAUAUAUAUAUAUAUAUCUCUGUGUGUGUGAUGAAAAUCCAAAUACGUGUGAAUUGGGUUGUGGAGCAAAAGCAUAUUUUGCUUCCAGUUCUCUAAGUGUGUGAAUUUUAUUUUCUUUCUUGGGUAUCUGAAUAUGAAAUGGGUGUAUUUAUUUUGCAUUCUCUUCAUAAUUUUGCUAUGUGAGAAUGAGUAGCUUGUUUGCCUUUGGGUGAGAA